AUGAAUCUCGAGGCGCCCAAAGCUGAAAUCAAGUCGGCCACCCGAGUCAGCGGAGGCCCGGCCACUCCACGCAAGGGCCCCCCCAAGUUCAAGCAGAGGCAGACUCGUCAGUUCAAGAGCAAGCCUCCAAAGAAGGGCAUCCAGGGCUUUGGUGACGACAUCCCUGGAAUGGAGGGCUUAGGCACAGACAUCACCGUCAUCUGCCCCUGGGAGGCCUUCAAUCACCUGGAGCUGCAUGAGCUGGCCCAGUACGGAAUCAUCUGA